AUGUGCUCUAUUCCCUCACUCUCAUCAUCCGAUGAUUCUAUCAGACUAGUGUCACAAGUGCAGGUGGUGCUCUCCGAGGUUCGAGGUGUGGAGCCGUCUUUACCGUCAGAUAUAAUUCUAAAAAACGAGGAUGGACCUCGUUAUCAAUAUGCACAUGAUUCAAAUGGAGCAAUUCACCUAGCCGACUUGUGGCUGACUCUCGGAGAUCUGUUCAACAUAGCCAGAUACAAUCCGGACUCGUCUAAUGUAUACCAUUUAUUCACAAGAGCUAACCCAACUGUUAGUCAACCUUUGACCAUCAAUAAUGCAGGUCUACUUUCAAGAUCUAACUAUAAUCGCAAUAGAAGAACGAUCAUUCUUAUCCAUGGAUGGAUGGAUUCAGCGACUUCCAAUUUCAGUACUGUACUUGUACCGGCUUUACUAAGAGCUGGUGACCUGAAUGUAAUAGUGGUUGAUUGGAGUAGAGGAGCUAAUGCUAUCAGGUAUAGAGAGGCAAAUGAAAACACCGUACGGUCCGGUGGAGCUGUAGCUCGGUUUGUCAACUGGUUGAACCAAGAAUCUGGUUCUAGUCUUACUCAGUACCAUAUAAUUGGUCAUGGGCUUGGUGGACAUCAGGCUGGCGUGGUUGGAAGAAAUCUGCAGGGACGAGUGCCUUAUAUUACAAGUCUUGAUCCUGCUCUUAUUGGUUGGGCGACCAAUAUCAACAAGUUCCGUCGCACUGACGGCCAGUACACCGAAGUUAUUCACACGAACUACGGCAUGUACGGAUACAUUGCUGAUUUAGGGCACAUGGACUUUUACCCCAAUGGAGGUAUAUCAAUGCCUGGCUGUGAUUCUAAUGCCUGUGAUCACGCUAGAGCGUUCUUCUAUAUGGCAGAGUCGGUCACAUCAGGAGGUUUUACUGGAAGGCAGUGCAUUAACUAUUAUGCUGCUGUUUUGAUGAUGUGCUCUGGACCAAGGACCUCGAGAAUGGGUGGACUGAUUCCCAAAACUGGGGAAACUGGAGUAUUCCUGCUGGAGACAAAUGCUGCUCCACCAUUUUCACUGGGAUAG